UGAAAACAAUGUGUAUUAUUUAUUAUAGAUAAAUUUUUCCUUUUUACUUUUUUUUGCUGAGGAAAUUGGGGUUAAGUGAUUACCCAGGGUCAUCCAGCUAUGAAGUGUUAAGUGUUUGGGGUCAGAUUUGAACUCAGGUCCUUCUGAUUUCAGGGCUAGUACUCUAAAUACUGCACCAUCUAGUUGUCCCAAGAGGUUUUCUUGAAAAGGAAAUUUAUUAUUUUAUGUUGAAUCCUCUCUUAUGGUCUACUGUAUACAUGGCAAAUGUUUUUUUUUUUCUCUUCCCAUUUUUGUAUUUAAGGGUUUGGUUUUUUUUUUUAAUUACCAAAAAAAAAAAAAAAAUGUGAGGUGAUUUUUUUCAUAUUGAGAGUUUGGUGGCUGAAGGAAAUAGAAAAAGAACUUAAAAUUAUAAAAUACAAGUGUGAAGAAACACACUAUUCAAAGACAUAAAAUGUUAAGAGCACUAACUUUAAGACUGAGAAGCUUUUGCCUUUUGUUACUUAGAACCAAACAGCCAAACUCCUUUCUUGGAUAUCUCCACAACCCAGUGUGCUAAUUACCACUACAAACCUUCCAUAUGCAGCUCUCCUUUAUGUGUUGUCCUCCUCCAUUAUUAUGUCACUUCCUUGAAAUAAGACUCUCUUAUAUGUAUUUUUGUUCCUUGCCUUUAGCAGCAUCUGGCACAGAGUAGUAUCUUAAUAAAUUAUCUAUCCAUCACUCAACUAGCUAGCUAACUAGCUAGCUGUCUAUCAAUUUGUCUAUCUAGAUAUCCGUUUUCUGUUGUGGCUGUCAGUUGUUUCAGUGGCAUCCAACUCUUCAUGAUCCCAUUUUGGGUUUUCUAGGCAUAAAUUCUGGAGUGAUUCAUCAUUUCUUUCUCCAGGUCUUUUUUUUUUUUUUUUUUUUGGGGGGGGGGGGUGGAAGGAGGUGGGGGAAGUGGCUGAGGCAACUGGGGUUAAAUGACUUGCCCAGGAUCACACAGCUAGGCACUGUGAAGUGUUUGAGAUCACAUUUGAACUCAGGUCCUCCCGACUCCAGGACUGGUGCUCUAUCCACCACGCUACCUAGCUUCCCCUCUCCAGCUCAUUUUUACAGAUGAGAAAACUGAAGCAAACAGGGUUAAGUAAGUUGCUUUAGGUAACAUAGCUAGUUAAGAGUUUGAGGCUGGAUUGGAACUCAGUUCUUCCUGGCCCCAGAACCAGUGCUCUCUCUACUCCAUUACCCAGUUUCCUUGUCUGUACUUCUAGCUAUCUGUCUUCAUUUUAGUCCUAUUCAAAAUCAAAGGAGAACAACCAACCAUAAAAUGUCUUAACUGGCUUUUUAAAAAAUUUCACUUAAAUUUAGCCAUCCAAGAAUUUCAGAACUAAUUUUUCCAGGCAAUCAUUCUGUGUCCUGCCUACAUUUUUUGAAGGAAUAGCUGUGCCCCAUGGGGUAGGGGUGAGGGACUCUUGGAGAGGAAGAAGCAAAAUGAUUCCAGCUUCAACCAUAUGAGGGGCUGCCUCCAAUCCAAGGCCUUCCGAUGUCCAGAACAACACAUAGAAUUUCAGCUGAAAAGAGAUUUCAAAUCCCACAGGACACAGACACUGGGAUUGUUGCCAGAUUUGAUAUUAGCCUAGAAAGGCUUCAAAAACCUUCUUGAGUCAUUCCAUUUAAACAUCUUGCUUCCACAGAGAACAAAAAGAUCGCGUUUGUUCCAUCAGGUGCUCUUUGGGAUGAUACAGUCUGAAGAGUGAAUGAGCCCUUUGAGCAGUUCCCAGUAAAAAACACCUGUCUAAACUGACAAUUGCUCAAUUACACUGGCAUCCCCAUCCUCCCAAGAAGCUGUUUGCAGAGAGAAAAGCAAGUGGUUGGAGGAAAACUCAAGACUGGACAGGAUUCUUGACAGUGUGAUGAGGAGAAUGGAUGGUUUCUAGAUAAUGGUACUGUCCUCAACCAGCAGACUUACUAUGGAGUUCAUACCAGAUGCCCUGAGCCCUAUGAAUGGGUCUUUUUCAAAUUCACAAUCAGCUGAAAUUAUCUCAACUUAUGUCUCUCUGCUCAUCACCCUGCUGGGUACAGCUGGCAAUGGAUUUGUCAUCUGGUUUCUCAUCUUCCAUUUCAACAAGAACCCUUUCACUGUUUAUAUUCUUCACCUCUCAAUUGCUGACUUGACUUUCCUUCUUUGUACAUUUACUAUUGAUACAGGAAAAAUAAUUUGCUACUAUUUAAAUAUUCAAUCAUUUGAGUUGGAGUUAUUUCUGACCAUUUUUUAUAUUUUGAUUUUGUUUGGCUACAACACUGGCUUUUACCUCCUGACAGCCAUCAGUGUAGAAAGGUGUCUGUCGGUCCUUUACCCAAUUUGGUACAAAUUCCAACGUCUGAAGCACCAGUCUGCAAUUGUCUGUACCUUGCUGUGGGUACUCUCUAUUUUUGUGAGCAACUUAGAAUGUUUUGUGUGUAUUUGGUCAGUAAGGUCCAGAUUGCCUUUUAGAAUUUGCACUGUUGUGGAAAUAUAUUUGCUUAUCUUGAACUUCCUCAUGUUUGCCCCUCUCAUGCUCUUCUCAAACUUGAUCCUCUUUAUCAAGGUCUUCUGCAACCUGAAACACCACCAACCAGCCAAGCUUUAUAUCAUCAUCAUCACCACAGUUAUUCUAUUCCUUCUCUUUGCUAUGCCUUUAAGAGUCUUGGUGAUGAUGUAUAACUUUGAAGAAGAAAACUAUGAAACUCUGGGAUUUUUAUAUCCAUAUUUGAAUAUAUUAUCUGUUAUCAGUAGUACUGUCAACCCAAUUGUUUACUUGGUAGUUGGUGGACUCGGAAGACGGAAGACUAAGAACUCUCUGAAAGACACACUGCGAAAAGUAUUUGAGGAUAAGCCACAUUCAAGAGUGGGAUCAUAGAUCAAAAAUUCACUUCAAAUUCAGUGCCCCUCGCUGGAAACAAAACCUAUUCCGUCUCUAAUUAAGAUUACCUAGAAAGUAUAUUCUGAUCAGGGUAAGAAAAGAUUGUUGCCUAUUUGAAUAGACAACUAUUAAAAUUCCUUUUGCAUUUUCUAGGGAAGGUAUUGUAAACAUACACACAAAUAUAUACUAUAUAUACAUAUACAUACUCUCCUUAAACCAUUCCACCUCCUCUAAUCUGAGUCUCCAUCCUAGACAAUGGAAAAUAGUUUUGAUUCUUUUCAAAAGAUUUGCCUGGAAACCCUCCUCUAUAUCUUAUUUCUGACUAGUUGUUAUUUCCUUGUAGGCUAAGUCUGACUUUUUUGUAUUUUAAUCCUCACUUUUUUUUUCUUUUGAUCUCAUUCAUUUUCAUAGGCUCCAUUAUCAUAUAGCAGCAGCAGAUUCUCAAAUUUAUAUAUCUAGCCUUCAUCUUUCUUCUGACUUCAAGUCCCAUGUCACCAAUUGUCACCUAGACAUCUCAAAUUUAACACUGCCAACACAGAACUUGCUGUCUUUCCUUUUAGAUUCACUAGAUUUUUUUGCCUCUCAAUUUCUGUGGAUAUCAGUGUUCAAAUCAUCCAGAUUCAAGUCACCCAUCUUUGAAGAGAGCCUUUCCUCAGCCCUUUUCCAGCUUUUUUCUCCUCCUCUCAUAAAAAAGCAAUGUGAUAUACCUGAUAGGCCACUGGACUUGCACUUAGGAAGCAAUGGAUUCAAAUCUUACCUCAAACACUUAAGAAAUCCUGGGCAAGUCACUUAACUUGUCUGUCUUUAUCUACAAAAAUACAGCAUUGGACUUAAUGGCCCAUAAGGACCCUUAACUCUAAACCUAUGACUUUAAGUCUUCAUUCUUCCCUUGCCUUCAAGUUGAAUGUGAUCACCCCCCUUAAUCAUCUUCCUAUCCACUGAGAUGCCAAAUAUUAUCAAUUUUAUUUCUACACUAUCUCUUGUAUGCAUCCUGUUCUUUCUACUCAUAUAUUCCCAACACAAUUCAGAACUUCUUACUUGUACUAUACAGUAGCUUCCUAACUAACUGCUCUUCCUGCUUCUAAUUUGUCCAAUUUGUCCUCCACAAGGUGGCCAAUUGAUGGUGCUGAAGUACAGAUCUGAUUAUGUUACUCAGGCUGUUAAUAGUGGCUUCCUGUUGUCUCUAAGAAAAUAAAUCCUCCUCCUUGACAUUCGAAGCUCAUUAAAAGUGUUUCCAGUCUUUCCAAAUUAAUUUCAAAAUGCACUCCCCUUCUCCAUACGCCUCUAUUUUCCAGGCAAUCGAGUCUAUUUGCUAUUUCCCAGGCAAUCUAGUCUAUUUGCUAUUUCCCAUAUAAGAUAUUUCAUUUCCCACCUUAAUGCCUUUGCAUAUGCUGUUCCUAUAGAAUCUUCCCUCCCUCUCAUGAAGCCCCAAACCUCCUUCCAGGUUUAGCUUAAUUGCUGCCUCUGGUAUGAAAGCUAUUCUGAAGCCCCUUCACCUAAAUUAUUAGUAUUUUCAUUCUGCUCAUAAAAGUGACUUUGUAUAUAUUGUGUAUUUCAUUACUUGUGUUCAUGAUGUUCAGAAUGUAAGCUCUUUGAGAACAAGAAUUGCUUCAAUUUUAUCUUUUUAUCCCAUAUAUUUAUUACAGUAGCUGGCAAGGAUUGGUGUCUUUUGAUAAAUGUCUUGCAAAAGAAAAUUACUGAAUUACUGUUUUUUGCUGCAAAGAUUUCCAAAGCACAUUUUUUCUUUUUAAUUUUUUUUGUUUUUACAUUGCCUACACAUUCUCCUAUAUAUCUUUUCUCCAAAAAUCAACUUUAUGAGGAUUUUAAAUUUUUUUAAAUUAAAGCUUUUUAUUUUCAAAACAUAUUCAUGAGUAAUUCUUCAACAUUAAUCUUUGCAAAACCUUGUGCUCCAAUUUUUCAUGAGGGUUGUUUUUAAAAGAAAAAAGAGAAAAUCAGCAAAACCAAUCAAUACAUCAAAAAAAUCUAAAUUACAAGUGCCACAACCAUGAGUCCUCACCUCUGCAAAAUGUAGAGGGAGGUGUCUUCUCUCAUCUCUUCUUUGGAAUCAAAAGUGUUCUUUAGAAUUUCACAAUGUUCACUUUGUUAAUUUGUUAAUAUUGUUCAACACAGUAAAAGUAAACUCAAGGUUUUUCCACAGCCUAAGGAAGAAAAAAAGCCAGCAAUCCUAAAAAAUCUAUUAAAACUAAGGAUGAGGGAAGUUGAGAUAUUCUUGACUUUUCUGAAAAUCACCAUCCAGAUGAGGAUUUGGAAGUAUGCUAAAUCCUCUGAAGGCAAGUAAGUGACAUAGUGGAUAGAAUACCUAGCCUGGAGUGUGAAAGACCUGAAGUCAAAUCUGGCUUUAGACACUUAGUAGCUGUGUGAUCCUGAGCAAAUCACUUAACCUUAUUUGCCUCAGUUUCUCCAUCUGUAAAACAAGCUAGAAAAGGAAAUGGCCAACCACUCCAGUAUCUUUGCCAAGAAAACCCCAAAAGAGGUCAUGAAGAGUCAGAUACUACUAAAAUGAGUGAACAAAAAUGAUAACAAAAUUAAUUAUUUGAGCAGUCAGAACCUCCCACAAAAUUGAUGCUCACCAUCAGCUUAUAAAUAGUAUUUACCUACUUUUGUUCUUCACAAACUAUACGUCUUCACCUUUUGUCGCAUUAUUAUUUUAAAAUGUGAUUUGAAAAUUUGAUUAGUAGAGAAAAUUAUUGUCCAUAAUCUCUAUUCCUAUAAUUACUUGUAAAAAUUAAUAAAUAUAUCUGUAGGUAAUUUAC